AUGGACAUCCUUAAGCAGGAGCUUCUGAAAGAGCGGCAGAGACUCGCGGAGGACGUCGGCGACAAGGAAUUCUUCAUGCACUCGCGCCUCCGCAACGAGACCGAGUCCAAAUACCUCCACCGCCAGAAGCAAUCCAAUCUCGAUCAGCACCAGAACGACCCUGCCUCGUCCUCGUCCUCGUCCAACCCUAGCUCCAAGCCGAAAAUCCCCAAAUCAAAGCCCGAACCUUCCUCCAAAUCCCUAGCCGAGGAGCAGAAAGGCGCGCUGGAUUAUUUAUCAGUAGGCAUGGAUCAGGAUCAGGACCAGCAAUGGAAUAUCAAUUGCUCGAAUGCAUCACUCGAAUCCAGCCAACCAGGUUAUGAUGUUGCUCUUGCUAGAUUUGCAGCACAACAGGAAUGUGUAUUGGAAAUGCGGCAUCUAGCAGCAGUUUUGCUAGAGCAAUUUAUCAGAGAACACUGGAAUGAGGAUGAGGGAGGCUUUGAGUAUCCCAAUGAGAAGGCAGCUGUGAAAGGACUACUUUUAGCAUUGCUUGAUGAUCCUAGUAAGGAGAUCCGUACUGCAGUAAGUGUGGCUGUAUCGGCGAUUGCGCGUUAUGAUUGGCCGGAAUUAGUGCCUUUUCUUUUAACUUUAAUUUCCGACAAGAGUAAACUGAAUGGUGUGCAUGGAGCUUUACUAUGCCUGUCUCUUCUUUCCUCAGACAUGGAUGACAAGAUGGUGCCCCAACUUGUCCCAGAUUUGUUCCCAUGUUUGCAUCAGAUGAUGUCGUCUCCUCAGAUCUAUGACAAAAGUCUGAGGUCUAAAGCUCUGUCACUAAUUUAUAAUUGUACUUCAAUGAGUGGUGUGUACGAGAUGGAAACAACUGCCCUGAUGGAACAAAUGCUCAUACCUUGGAUGAAAAGAUUCUCGUCAAUCUUGUUAGAGCCGGUGCCAUCUGAAGAUCCUGGUGAUUGGAGCAUAAGGAAGGAGGUGUUAAAGUGUUUGAAUCAGUUCAUUCAGAACUUUCCCAACAUUACACAAACUUAUUUUGCAGUAAUUUGGGAAACAUUUGGGUCAACGUUGGAAGUUUAUGAGCGUUCAGCAAUUGCAGGCGGUGAAGAUUCCUAUGACGAUCGGUAUGAUUCUGAUGGUGCUGAGCAAAGUCUCGAGUCCUUUGUUAUCCAGUUAUUUAAAUUCUUAUUGGCCGCUACUGGAAGCCCGAGGUUUGUGAAGGUUGUUAUGAACAAUGUAUAUGAGUUAGUCUACUGCACUAUUGGUUUCCUUCAAAUGACGGAAAAACAGGUUCAUUCUUGGUCGCGCGAUGCUAACAAGUAUGUUGCUAAGGAGGAUAACACUAUUUAUUGUCGUGUGUACGGUGCACUUCUGCUGCAAGAUGUAGUGUCUAAAUGCGGGACCGAAGGCAUAAAAGCAGUGAUGGAGUCUGUAGAAAUGCGAAUAAACGAGUCCCAAGAGGCGAAAGAUAGUGGCUCUCCUGGUUGGUGGAGAUUAAGGGAGGCUGCCCUAUAUGCUUUGGCUGCUUUGGCUUCUGUGCCUGAACAAUUGUUGCUUGAUGAAGUAGAGGUUUCUGGUUCCACUGUUGGAGCUAUGCUAUGGAAAAUUUUAAGCGAUGACAUGGCAGAAGGUUUCCAUGACUACCCCUUGCUUUGUGCCCGCUUAUUUUCAACUGCUGCAAGAUUUUCUUCCAUGAUGAACAACCAAGUCAAAGAUGACUUCGUAUGUGCUGCUAUUAAGACAAUUGUUAUGGAUGUACCUCCAUUAGUUAAAUUUUGUGCUUGUCGAGCUUUAUCUCAGUUUUUACCAGAUGCCAUGACCGGUAUUGUUCAAGUUUCUACGGUGGACUUAUUCUCGUCACUUAUAGGUCUUCUAAAAAAUGCGUCUGCUGAAACUAUGCAUUUAGUACUUGAAACUCUGCAAGCAGCUGUGGCAGCUGUUUAUGCAAUUAAACUUCAAGUUUGA